GGCAAAUUCAAAAAAAUUUAUUAUUAUUUUUUGUUUACAUUUUGAAGAGCAGUUGGCACGUGGACCGUGGAUUAUUGCCUAACACAGAGCUCCAUUUUCAUAAAACUAGUAUUCCAGUUUUUCCUCUUGUGGAAAUUAUUCAAUAUUGUUUACCAUCUCUUAGUAUGGCUGAUGCAAUUGUUAAUCUUGCCUUGGAGCAGCUGCUUCAAAUCACUGCUAAAAAGAUAAAGGAAGAGGUGAGGCUUGUUGGUAAUGUCGAAAAUGAAGUGAAAAAACUCCGGAGAAAUCUUAAAGCCAUUCAAGCUGUGCUACUUAAUGCAGAGGAGAAGCAAGUGAAGGACGAAGCUGUGAGACAAUGGUUAGGUCAACUCAAAGACACAUCCUACGACAUCGAAGAUGUGUUGGAUGAGUGGAAUACUGAAAUCAUGAGGUUGCAGUUUGAAGGAGAUCUUGAACAUGCUCCUGCUCCCAAGCAGAAGGUACCUUCCUUCUUCCCCUGUUCUUGCUUUGGUAUCAAACAAGUUGUUUUACGCCGUGAUAUAGCACAAAAGAUAAAAGAAUUAAAUGAAAAACUAGAUAUUAUUGCCAGAGAAAGAGAUGCAUACAAUUUCAAGGAAAUGAAGAGUAUUGAAGCACCGGAACGAGUUCGAUCUACGUCUUUAGUUGAUGUGACUGAAAUAUAUGGUCGAGAAUUUGAGAAGAAUUCUUUAGUGAGUAAGUUGUUAGAUGAGAGAAAUGAAAAACAAAGAGACCUUCCUGUCAUCUCACUUGUCGGGAUGGGAGGAAUUGGGAAAACAACUCUUGCUCAACUAGUUUAUAAUAAUGACAAGGUCAUGAGCCAUUUUGACACAAAAAUAUGGGUGUGUGUAUCAAAUCCUUUUAAUGAGGUUAGGGUUGCCAAAGCAAUCAUCGAAGGACUGGAAUGUCGUACCAAUGAUUUUGUCGAAUUGGAAUCUCUUUUGAAAUGUAUUCGUCAAUCUAUUACGGGAAAAAAAUUUCUUCUCGUUUUAGAUGAUGUGUGGUCAGAAGAUUACAACAAAUGGGAAUCAUUUUAUCACUGUCUAAAGAAUGGUUCCUAUGGUAGUAAAGUUUUGAUUACAACAAGGAAUGAAAGAGUUGCAUCGAUUAUGGGGUCAGUUGCUCCUAUCAGAAUGGAGCAAUUAGCUCAGGAGGAAUGUUGGUUGUUGUUUAGUCAAUUAGCAUUUUUUGGUAGAUCUCCUGAGGAGUGUGAAAAAUUAGAGAAAAUUGGAAGAGAAAUUGUUGCAAAGUGCAAGGGUUUGCCGCUUGCUGCAAAAACUAUUGGCAGUCUCCUGCGAUUUAAAAGAACUAGAGAUGAAUGGCAACGAAUUUUAAACAGUGAAAUUUGGAAAUUGGAACAGAUUGAGAAAGGUCUUUUAUCACCUUUGACAUUGAGUUAUAAUGAUUUGCCAUCUAGGAUAAGACAAUGUUUUUCAUAUUGUGCCAUCUUUCCAAAAGAUCAUAAUAUAGAGAAAGAUCACUUGAUCAAAUUAUGGAUGGCUCAAGGUUAUCUUGGGUUUGAUAAUGAUACAGAGAUGGAAGUAAUAGGCCAAGAGUAUUUUGAUCAUUUAGCAUCUCGAUCAUUCUUCCAAGAGUUUCGAAAAGACAGUGAUGAGAAUAUCAUAAGCUGCAAGAUGCAUGAUAUAGUUCAUGACUUUGCUCAAUUUCUCACUAAGAGCGAAUAUUUAACUGUGGAAAUCAAUGAGGGCAGUGAAGAGCUAGUCAUAAACACUUCCAAUGAGAAAGCCCGACAUUCAAUGUUAACGCUUCAUGUAGGGGCUACAUUUCCCAUCUCCAUUUGUAGCAUCAAAAGUUUGCGGAGUCUUUUAAUUGGUUAUGGAAGUUCUGACCAAUUGUCUAAUGAUGUUCUACUAAAUCUCUUUGGUGAAUUGACAUGUUUAAGGGCAUUAGACAUAUGUGUAAUAUUUAGAGCAUUGAAUUUGAUUACAGCGAUUCCAAAAGAGGUAAAAAAAUUGAUACAUUUGAAAUAUCUGAAUUUGUCUCAUCAGAAAGUGGAAAAACUUCCAGAAACUUUAUGUGAGUUAUACAAUCUGCAAACUUUAGAUAUUUCUUGGUGUGAAAAGCUUAAAGAACUGCCUCAAGAGAUGGGGAAGUUGAUAAACUUGAGGCAUUUGAUUAAUCAUGUUACAUCUUCAUUAAGUUACAUGCCCAAGGGAAUUGAGAAAUUAACUUGUCUCCGAACAUUGAGUGAAUUCGUUAGCAGUAGUGAUGGUAGUAAAGCAUGUAGUACUGUUGCAUGCUUGAAAGAUUUGAAACAUUUAAGAGGAACGCUUGAAAUUAGAGGGCUAGGAAAUGUGACCAAUGUGAGUGAGGUUAAGAGAAUGCAAAUUCUCAGCAAUAAGAAAAACCUCUUCUAUUUAAUCCUUGGUUUCAAUAAAGAUGGAGAAGAGAGGAAAAAAGAUGAUGAUGAGUUACUUCUUGAGGCUUUGCAACCGCAUCCAAAUUUAGAGAAAUUAGUUAUAUAUCAUUACAGAGGCAGCACAUUUUAUUCUAAUUGGAUCUUGUCAUUAACUGGGCUGAGGGAAUUGCGGCUUGAGGGUUGCAGAAAUUGUAUGCAUUUGUCUCCCUUGGGAAAAUUGCCAUCACUUGAAUCAUUAUCUAUGCAUGGAACGAGUGUGAAAAAACUAGUUACAAGAAUGGAAAGCGAUGGUGCAUUUUCAUCAUCUACAUCAGUUAUUCUCUUUCCCAAGUUGAAAGUUCUUGAAUUCUUGAAUAAUAAAGAAUGGGAAGAGUGGGAUUACGGGAAUACAAUCUUGCCAUGCCUUGCUUCUUUGUCAAUCUAUGGUUGUAGAAAAUUACGUGCACUGCCUGAUGGCCUCCCCCUGGGGGUGAAAAAUCUACAACAUUUGGAUAUUUAUAAAAGUGGUCUUUUGGAAGAACGUUACAGAAAGGGAACAGAAGAGGACUGGCAAAAGAUCUCCCACAUUCCCAACAUCAGAUUCAAUCAUUCAUAUCUGCAAGGAGGCCCACUCCCACUCCGUUGAGUUCUCAAAUGGCUGCAAUUACCAACCAUCAAUCCACAAAGCUAACUUCUCCACAUCCUCUAAUAUUUAAAAGUAAUGUUAAUAGUGUGGAAUGAGCAGAAAUUUCGGAUCUUUUACCUGUCUUUGACAAAUUUUAAUUGUAGGAGAUGUGCAGAAAUAUUGAGCAUGAUGAUGGUUGCCGUGUUAUACUGAAAGGAACAAAGGAGAUAGUUAUGUAAAAAGGAAGUUGGAAUUCACUUGUGUUACUCUUAAUUUGUAUGAGUUGUGGUUUGAUUUUGUUCAUAAAAUUGUUUGUUUUUAGCGUGCUUGGAUAACUUUCUUUGUCAAUAAUUUGGAUGUAAUAUAUGGUGUGUUUGAUUGGAAAUUAGGUGUAAAAUAUUAAAUAUAUAUUAUAUGGUAUGAGCUGAACAUAUUGGUA